UCCUUGCUAUCAACCCGAGGGUUAUCCACAGAGCAGCGUGGUUGGGUGGUGGGUUUCCACCCCCCCCCCUCCUUUCUCCCUCUCUUUUCCUUUCUUUUUCCCUCCCCCUGCUCACAUGGUCGGUUUUUCCUUCCUGCUAGUUCUUCUGAGUUUUAGUGCCUACUUAUCGUGCGGGAAAUUAAUGGGCAUAGAACCUCACUUGUAGGAUCCCAAGCUUUCAAGAUAAGCGUCCAGUGGAAUCGAGUUUAAUAUCCGAUCUAAAAACACACCACAAACAUACACGAAUUGGGAAGAAGUAUUGCAGAAACAUGGUGUGCUCCGGAUGCUGGGGAAAGGCUGAGUUUUAGCCCAAGAUGGAAUAAUGAUGGAUUUAGCUUGGAUGCCUAAGCUUGGACUGGGAAUACAGAUGUACAAGUCCUGGUAACUUUCUGAUGGUGACGGCUGAGACAUGAGAUCUUCAGCCUCAAGGCUUUCAAGUUUUUCUUCCAGAGAUUCAUUAUGGAAUCGGAUGCCGGACCAGAUCUCAGUGUCCGAGUUCAUCGCCGAGACCAACGAGGACUACAACUCGCCCACCACGUCCAGCUUCACCACCCGGCUGCACAACUGCAGGAAUACAGUCACGCUGCUAGAAGAGGCUCUAGACCAAGAUAGAACUGCCCUCCAGAAAGUGAAAAAGUCUGUAAAAGCAAUAUACAAUUCUGGUCAAGAUCAUGUACAGAAUGAAGAAAACUAUGCACAAAUUCUAGAUAAAUUUGGAAGUAAUUUUUUAAGUCGGGAUAAUCCAGAUCUUGGCACUGCUUUUGUAAAGUUUUCCACACUUACUAAGGAACUAUCCACCCUGCUGAAAAAUCUGCUCCAAGGUCUAAGCCAUAAUGUGAUAUUCACCUUGGAUUCCUUAUUGAAAGGAGACUUAAAAGGAGUCAAAGGAGACCUUAAGAAGCCAUUUGACAAAGCUUGGAAAGAUUAUGAGACCAAAUUUACAAAAAUUGAAAAAGAAAAAAGAGAACAUGCAAAACAGCAUGGGAUGAUCCGCACAGAGAUAACAGGAGCAGAAAUAGCAGAAGAAAUGGAGAAAGAAAGGCGCCUAUUUCAGCUCCAGAUGUGUGAAUAUCUCAUUAAAGUUAAUGAAAUCAAGACAAAAAAGGGUGUUGACCUACUCCAGAAUCUUAUAAAGUAUUAUCAUGCACAAUGCAACUUUUUUCAGGAUGGUUUGAAAACAGCGGAUAAAUUGAAACAGUACAUUGAAAAGCUGGCUGCUGAUUUAUAUAACAUAAAGCAGACUCAGGAUGAAGAGAAGAAACAGCUUACUGCACUCCGAGACUUGAUAAAAUCCUCUCUCCAACUUGAUCAGAAAGAAUCUAGGAGAGAUUCACAGAGCAGGCAAGGAGGAUACAGUAUGCAUCAACUUCAGGGCAAUAAAGAAUAUGGCAGUGAGAAGAAAGGUUAUUUGCUAAAGAAGAGUGAUGGGCUUCGGAAAGUAUGGCAGAGAAGAAAGUGCACUGUAAAAAAUGGAAUUCUGACCAUAUCACAUGCAACAUCCAACAGGCAACCAGCUAAACUGAACCUACUCACUUGCCAGGUGAAACCUAAUGCUGAAGAUAAGAAGUCUUUUGACCUGAUAUCACAUAAUAGAACUUAUCACUUUCAAGCAGAAGAUGAGCAAGACUAUGUAGCGUGGAUUUCAGUAUUGACAAACAGCAAAGAAGAAGCAUUGACCAUGGCUUUCCGAGGAGAACAGAGUACUGGAGAAAACAGCUUGGAGGACUUGACAAAAGCUAUUAUUGAUGACAUCCAGAGAUUACCUGGGAAUGAUGUCUGCUGUGAUUGUGGUUCAUCAGAACCCACAUGGCUUUCAACCAACCUGGGUAUUUUGACCUGUAUAGAAUGCUCUGGAAUCCACAGGGAAAUGGGGGUUCAUAUUUCUCGAAUUCAGUCUUUGGAAUUAGACAAAUUAGGAACUUCUGAACUCUUGCUGGCCAAGAAUGUAGGAAACAAUAGUUUUAAUGAAAUUAUGGAAGGGAAUUUACCUAGUCCCUCACCAAAGCCCACUCCUUCAAGUGAUAUGACUGCACGUAAAGAAUAUAUCACUGCGAAGUAUGUAGAUCAUAAGUUUUCCAGGAAGACCUGUUUAUCUUCAUCUGCUAAGUUGAAUGAACUACUUGACGCCAUCAAAUCUAGGGAUUUACUUGCACUAAUUCAAGUCUAUGCAGAAGGGGUAGAGCUAAUGGAGCCAUUAUUGGAGCCUGGACAGGAGCCAGGUGAAACAGCCCUUCAUCUUGCAGUCCGAACUGCUGACCAGACAUCUCUCCACUUGGUUGAUUUCCUUGUACAAAACUGUGGAAACCUAGAUAAACAGACUGCACUAGGAAAUACAGUUCUGCAUUACUGCAGUAUGUAUAACAAACCUGAAUGUUUGAAACUUCUCCUGAGGAGCAAACCAACAGUGGAUAUAGUUAACCAAGGUGGUGAAACAGCCCUGGAUACAGCAAAGAGACUAAAAGCCACCCAAUGUGAAGACUUGCUUUCCCAGGCAAAAGCUGGGAAGUUAAAUCCACACGUCCAUGUUGAGUAUGAGUGGAAUCUUCGCCAGGAAGAGAUUGAUGAAAGUGAUGAUGAUCUGGACGACAAGCCUAGCCCAAUCAAGAAGGAACGUUCUCCACGACCCCAGAGUUUCUGUCACUCCUCCAGUAUGUCCCCCCAGGACAAGCUAGCACUGCCAGGAUUCAGCACUCCGAGAGACAAACAGAGACUCUCCUACGGAGCAUUUACCAACCAGAUCUUUGCAUCCACAAGCAUAGAGUCGCCCACCUCUCCAACAGCUGAUGCUCCCCCGCUGCCUCCAAGAAAUGCUGGAAAAGUACCUGUUCUGCCAUUAACUGGAACAUUGGUUCUACCGUAUCCCUCAUUCUGUGAAUGUAGAAAGCUCUUUUGGAGCCUAUCUGGAUCAUCAGGUCCAACAGGCCCACCUUCAACACUCCCUCUAGGCACCCAACCCCCCAGUGGCAGCUCCACCCUUUCCAAGAAGAGACCCCCACCCCCACCACCAGGACACAAAAGAACCCUCUCUGAUCCUCCAAGCCCGUUACCUCAUGGUCCCCAGAAUAAAGGUGCAGUUCCUUGGGGUAAUGACAUGGGUCCAGCAUCUUCCAGUAAAACGACAAAUAAGUUUGAAGGAAUGUCUCAGCAGUCAAGUACUGGCUCUGCAAAGACUGCCCUUGGCCCAAGAGUUCUUCCGAAACUACCUCAGAAAGUGGCACUAAGGAAAAUCGAAACCAGCCAUCAUCUUUCCAUAGACAAAUCCAAUGUUCCUCCAGAAAUCUUUCAGAAAUCACCCCAACCACUGGAGCUCCCUCAGAAGCCACAGCCUGGAGACCUGCCUCCUAAACCUCAGCCUACAGAAUUGGGCCCUAAACCUCAGAUUGGAGAUCUGCCCCCUAAACCAGGAGAACUGCCCCCAAAGCCUCAACUUGGAGAUUUGCCACCCAAGCCACAACUCUCAGACUUACCUCCAAAACCACAAAUAAAAGACCUGCCCCCAAAGCCACAAUUAGGAGACUUGCUGGCUAAAUCCCAAGCUGGGGAAAGCUCACCGAAGACCCAGCCCUUGGAGUUAAAUCAGAAACCCUCCAUUACGGAUCUCUCUCUAGUUGUCCAGUCUCGGGAGACUCUCCAAAAGCAAGCUUCAGAAGAUUCUAAUGAUCUAACACCCACGCUGCCAGAGACCCCAGUGCCUCUUCCCAGAAAAAUUAACACUGGGAAGAACAAAGUGAGGAGAGUGAAAACCAUUUAUGACUGUCAGGCCGACAAUGAUGAUGAGCUCACAUUUAUAGAAGGAGAAGUGAUUAUUGUCACUGGUGAAGAAGACCAAGAGUGGUGGAUUGGGCACAUCGAAGGACAUCCAGAGAGGAAAGGGGUCUUCCCUGUGUCCUUUGUACACAUCUUGUCCGACUAGCAAAAAAUCUUGGAGCAUUGCAUAUCAUACAUGCAAGACGGGCUUUUUAGCAAAAGCAGACGGCUGCCGCCUCCUUGUAAUCCUGUGCACAAUGUGUAUAUAGCUGCUGUUACAGAAUACAAAACUCAUUUAAGGUCACCUCAUGAGGUGAAUUAUAUUAUGUAUUGUAAAUAUACUGUGUUAUUCCGCCUUUGCCAGUAUUAAGGUAGCCUUGGAAUCUGGCACGCCUUAUUGGGUUUGCUGAAGCCAUCCUCGGCAUCUAGCACUUACAUUUCUGUCUAUGCGUUUAAAACAAAAUCAAAAACAAACAAAAAAAAGUGUAUGAACUUCUAGCUUUCCAAAUAGAGGUGGUCUUGAUCAACAAUUGAAAUGCAUAGAAUGGACUCUUUGUUCCUAACGAUUCAGUAUUCUCAAUUAUGUGACUAAAAAAAAAUUAGUGGAGAGUUAGAUUCUGUUUUCCAAGCAAACCAUUUACAUUCAUUACAGAUGAGCCUGCAGUUAUCAGUGUAUACAGUUUACAGCUAUGAAACCCACUUUGGUAUUUAUUACAGAAAGUGCUCAGUUACAUGUAAGUAUUAUUCUUUCUGAGAAAUGUUCACCGACCUUCCAGCUCUCCAUGGCAUAUUAAGAUGCUCAUAGCCUAGUUCGUGUUUAAGAAUGGUGAAUUUAUACCAUUCCAUGGUUAGUGCCCCUGUGAUAUUACCUCAUGAUACAAAAAGAACAUAUACCCCAUGAUGAUUUUAGCAAAAGUUUAAAAUCUCUAAGUACGGUUUCCUAAAGGUCUCUUUCAUUAAAUGUUCAAUAACCAAGGACUGCUAGAAAAUAUUAGUGUUUACAUUAUGCAUGCAUUUAGAAGCUUAUCUGAAACUUACCUUUUAUAAAGGAAUAGUAUGCUAAGUUAAAAUACAAUGUUAACUUUAUUUUUUAAAUUUGAUUACAAUUAAAACAGAAACAUUAGAUCACAAUAGUAUUGAUUUAUAAUCAAUUGGCCUUCUUGGAAAAUGACUUUACAUAUUCUAUUACAAGUCAAUGUCCUCAGCCUUGUCAAAGUGAAAAUCCACUGAUUUCAGAUUAUAUCCUUCAUUUUUGGACACAGAUUUUUCCUUCCUGGAAGUCACCCAUUGGAGACUUUCAAGAGCAGCUCCCUACCCCCUUUUUUUCUUACCCGCGAUCUUCAUUAAUCUAAAGUUCCAAAUAAUAGUUUAUUCACUCAAAACACUAGCCAAUACACCAAUCACCUUCUAGUCAAUUCAUAACUGGGGUCCUAAAAGCUGCUAUGAAUUGCACUGUGACCAAAUACAUUUCCUGAAGUGAACUCAUUGCAUUCAGUUUUCUUUUCAUUCCAGCGGUUUAUUAGAUCAUUAAGGACACGUCUGUUUAUUUUGGUUCCUCCUUAUAUCAGUCUUAAUUCUGGAACAAAAUGUGAUAGUCUUAUUCUACAAUCGCUGCCACUGUCACUUGCCUCUGAGUCUCUCUCAUGAGUGGUUCUGGCAUUCCAUUUGCUUAAACUAUUUUGGCAGUGGCAUAUAAAACUAAUAUUUUUAAGCAGAUAGUCUUGGCAGCUAGUGAGAAAUUUUUGUUUCACAAAAGCACAACUCCAAACAAAAACCUUUAGAAGAGUCUACUUAGCCCAGCUGAAAGUGCUCGGUGAAUAUUAAUGUAGUUCUCUGUAAAUGGUUAGUACAGAAACUUCAAUCAUGGCCUAAUAAAAAUUGUUUGAAGAAACAUGCAAAUUAUUUUACAGUUGGUAACAGAAAAUGAUUUUUAAAGUAAUUUCUUCAUCAGUGACAUGACUUAAGAGGCAGCUUGGUACAGCAGAAGGAACUCUAGACUUUAGGGUCAAGAAGCAGAUUCAAAUUAUGUUCUGAUUACUUGCUCGCUGUGUGACAUGAGUGAAUCACUUCACUCAGCCUUCUGACCCUUGAUUUAGGAGUCAGUGUGAUAUAGUGAAAAGAGCACCAGACUCUGGAGUCAGAAGACUUGGGUUUAAAUCCCAUAUUUGCUAUUCACUAACUGUGUGACCUUGAACAAAUGGUUUGAUCCCUGUGGCCAUCCAUUUCUACAUCUAUAAAAUGAGAUGGUCCCUUCUGAGUCAUGUGAUUGGAUGAUGACAAGAGUUCGUUUCCAAACCAAAAGGAAUAUACCAGGAGCAAACAAACCCAACGGUGUCCACUCUACAGCAGUACCCACCUCAGUACGUUGGCUCUACUGGGUUUCCAAAAGAAACCAUGAGUUUAUUUAGCAUUCCAUAUGACUUAUACAGUGUUUUAAGUUACAUUAAAGAACAAGUUUAAUGAUCUCUGUGGUCUAGUGUAUUUUCAGGUGAUCUUAAAAUAAACUGGUUUAAAAAAAUAAUGACAACCAAACCUAUAAAGACUACAUGUGCAAAGUACCAUGGAGUCAACUCUAUUCUUUGUCAUUUCUUCUGAAGGAACAUCUCUAGGCUUAUUAAAUUUUUUUUUAAUGAGACAGUGUUUCCAGCAGAAACUGACUUUUUCUGUAUUCCAGCUUACUGUGGGACAUAGGAAAACUAGGUCGGGAUAUCUUUUUUGAUCUUGAUUGAGUUUAAAUCAGAUAUUGUACCUAAACUCAGUGAGCCACUAUCUGCAAUUUUGUACAUGACAUAGUAUUUUGGAGGUAUGGAAACUUAUAGACAAAAAAAAAUUAGCUAAUUAGUUGUUUUUAUUUUUCCCCCAGAGGGGAAACAAUGUUCUGCAAAUAGUAUGUGUCUUAUUUUACUGUUGAACGGCGAUUGCUAUUUAUUUUUUUAUUGCCUAGAACAUCUACAUGUUGUGUAUAGGAACCUUGAUCUGGUCAAGCCACCAGUUAAAUUUCAACUUCUCAUCUAAAUGUUAAAGUUCAAACAUCAGUACACUUGUCAUUUCACAGGUAUUUAAUGUGACAUUUUUUUUCCAGUACUGUAUGUGUUCAUUUCUACUUUUUUUAAAUAUUUAAAAUUGCUUUUAAAUAAACAUAUUCUCAGUUGAUCCCACA